CCUUUAUAAUCAUCCCCACCCCCAAUCAACACCACCAUGCCAUCCACCCUCCUCAAACAAACCACCAUAUUCUCUAUCCACCACCACCACCGGCGUCAACACUGGUGGCUCCGUCCGGCAACCGCCACCGGCAAUGUGCUCGAGCUGGUGGAACACAACAACCUGUGCCACCUCAGCGCACGAUAGCAAUAAGAAGAACAACAACAAUAUCAACCCUAAUAACAACAAGCUAGGGUUUCGCGGUCACAAAAAUUUAACAUAUCCAUCCAAAGGAUUCAACGGUGGUGUAGUCACUAUGGGAUCCGUAAACAACGGUGACGGAGACGAGAAAUUCACGACGGAUAACCACUGCACCUCCGCCGUCAUCGCCGCAUUGUCGCCGGAAAACCGCCGGAACGUAAAACCUCCGGUUUGUAACCGAAUUCCGGAGGAUAAGUUGCUUACAUUGCCUACGAUCUUAACAAUCGGACGCGUUGUGGCUAUUCCUGUUAUCGUCAGCACUUUUUAUAUGAAUAGUUGGCUGGGGACAACUGCUACCACGGGCAUCUUCAUUGCUGCAGCAAUUACAGAUUGGCUCGAUGGGUAUCUCGCACGAAAAAUGAACCUAGGAACUGCAUUUGGUGCAUUUUUAGAUCCAGUGGCCGAUAAGCUUAUGGUUGCUGCUACCUUGGUCUUGUUAUGUACAAAACCUCCUGAAGCUGCUAUGCUUGGACAAUGGCCGUGGCUAUUGACUGUACCAUCAAUUGCAAUAAUUGGCAGAGAGAUAACAAUGUCUGCAGUUAGAGAAUGGGCUGCUUCACAGGGCGGUAAACUUUCAGGGGCUGUUGCUGUAAAUAAUUUGGGAAAGUGGAAAACAGCCACACAAAUGACUUCCUUGACCAUUCUUCUGGCAAUUAGAGAUUCGAGUUUUACAGAGGUAGGUUUACUGGGAGCAUCUGGUGUUGCUUUACUGUAUGUGUCGGCUGGGCUAGCUGUAUGGUCAUUGGUUGUGUAUAUGAAGAAGAUAUCAAAAGUAUUGCUGGUGUAGCAAUUUUUUCGCUUUUCUCUUUUAAAAAGGACAGCUGUUUUUUUUACCGCGCCCUUCAGACACGAAGCUGCUGUUUUUUUAUAUAUUUGCUGAUACUAUAUAUAUUAUAGAUUUCUCAUUUUGUAGUCCAAAUAUAGAUUUGUUGUCCUCGUGUUUGUGGUAGGAGGAAAACAACAUUAUAUAGAGCGAAUAAUUAUUAAUUUUCUGGGACGGGAGGCUCACCGACCCUUUGAUACAAUGUAUACGUUUAUUAUUAUUUGGUACAACUUAGGGCCGUGUUGAUAGCUGGAUUUUAUGAA